AUGCGCAAUCAGUUUUUUUAUGAAGAUGGACAGGGCCAUGUCGUUGACGAGCAUGGAUGUCCUAAGCCCAUGGAUUAUGUAGUUGAUGAAAAAGUGUACGCUCUUCAGACCAUUAGUUCUCAUAGUGAUUAUUUGCGCACUUUUACCAGUGAGCAUCACAGCGGGCUUACAGCUAUGCAUGUUGAAGAGCCAACCGACAUUGAUAUUCGUGUCAAAGAAACGACCCCUAAGCGUACAUACACUGCAUACACUGAUCAGGAUAAGGCUCACCUGCUAUCCUGUGCUAGAGAGUUCUAUCAACAACUGUAUACCCCCGACGACAUUGACCAGCAGGCCAUCAACAUACUACUGGAUGCCGUCCCUUUGACUGCAAUCUUAGAUCCCACUCUACAGCCGCCUCUGCUUCGUACCUGGACAACAGAUGACGCACCUAUGGACAUCUUCACCUUUCAUUCGCCAGUUGCUACAGUUGCACCCCGGUUUUUGCAACCCCCGGGUUUGCAAUUCCUCGAUGACUUAUCCAGUGUCUAUUUGAAGCAGAAUUGUUUACCCCGUUACUUGCAAAUCCUCACUUUGUGCAAAAAAAAAUCGUUUCUACAAUCCUUGUUUAUGGGUGUUUUCAUCGGUCCAUUGGAGUCUCAACACGGAACAGAAGACGCACUGGUGCGCAGACGAUCAUUGACACAACGCGUGGAGGAUUUCCAGCGUGAAAAGAUGCAAUUCAAUGCAACAACCUCUGUGUUUGAAUUUGUCAUUUAUGAAAACCAGCGAUCUUGGCCAUUGAGAGGCUGGCGCGCAGCAACACUGCCCUUUAUCGAUCGAGCACCGUGGACAGAUCCUGCCAAGAAGCCGCUGGCUCCAAAGACCGAAUUUCAACUUCCAGAAACGAUUCAGGCACAAUCUGGUGCGUGGACAUGGUCAUGGACGGAUACAGAAUGGCGGCUUGCGUCAAAAACAGAAACGGAUGCACUUGGAUGGACUUAUGGCACUUUGCUAUGGUCUGUGUUCGAUCGCCAUCCAAAAGGUUGGAUGUCCACACGUUAUCGACGAUGGGCACGCACAGCAACAUUGACAAAUCAAAACCCAACAAAAAGCACUUCCUUGUUACCACCACGUAUCGAUACCGCAUCAUCGCGUAGCGGUCUGCUAUCCCCAACAAGCCCAGCAUCACCGAGCCCAUCUUUAAUGUCGCGGGGACGAAAAUUGACUUCGUCUGUACGUUUUUCGUCAGCAACAAUCACGGAACACGAUAAUGAUAGCACAGUCAGCAACAGCACUACAGGCACUACCAAUACCACCACGUUUAAAAAGAAAUUAUGGUCAUCGAGCAAUAGCUCAUCCACAUCUACUACACCAAAAACACCACCCGAACAAAAACGCGAUUCUGUAUGGCGAAGUAUUGCUCGCGUCAACAAGCAUCAUUAA